GCUUCCGUUAAUCUAUUGCGCAAACUAAAAUAAAUUCCUAACGCCAACUACAGGCAGGAGAUUUAAAAAGGUCGUCCAAAAUGUGCAGCCGAUUUAAAUUAUCAAUAGUUUGGUAGUAUAUCUUUGUGUUAAGUCUUUGUCCGCGUGUAUUAGAAUAUUUAAAUGAACAGUGGGCUACGUUUAUUCCACGGAUUGUAAUGUCUUAAUCUCCGACCGCCGAGCUAUUGCUGAUAACAAGUGGUAGGUUUUAGAGCUGUUCAUUCAACCUGCCUCUCUAUUUAUUCACACCGAGAGCAAGAUAAACACGGCUCCGAGGAGCCUAGUGCUCGCUUAUGUACAUAAAAGGACUUUAAUUGAAAAAAAUUGCAGAAAGUCGAGAGAGUUUUUUGUCAGUUAGUGUACAACCCAGGAAUCGUUCUACGUUAGACUGUCGACUCCGCGCUUAUCUUGGAAUCAAUAUACAUUCGGCCAAAAAAUCAAUUGUCAAGUUUCUACUUUAAGUGGUAAAAGCGAGUUCCUGAUAGGAUACUGUAUAUGCGGGCACCUGUCGGGCGUGCGGAACAUCCCCACCCCCCUCUACUGUAAUGGACUUGAGGGACAGCGCUCGACUUUAGUCACGUGGGGAUGAAAAAGUGAAACGAUGGCUAGCAGUGACGAUGAGAUAGAAGAAGUAAUCGAUGAUAUUUCUUUGGCAUCCGGCGAAGGCGUCUCACUGCUCAAAGAAGUCGAUGUGGAAGUGGCGUUUGAGGGGGAUGUAGAAAAUAGUGAUGAUGAAAGCACUGUGAGGACGAAGAAGAAAAAAAUAACUGCGCAUGUACAUGUGGACAGGAACGUUGACCAAAGUGAGGAAGAGGAUAAUAUCGAAAGUGAAAAAGCUUCCCGGAGGAACUCACGACGGAAAGGGGCGGGGAAAUCCGAGGUUAUCGAGAAGUCCGAAGAAGAGUUACAGAGAAACGAAGAUGGGCAGAAAGCUGCUGUUGCGCCUGUCGUAAAGGACGAACCAGACGUAACGACUGAGAACAAAGUCCGCAUUGUUAUAGAACAUUGUGACACUGCGACGGGGGAGGAAAGUGGUAAAAAGGAAACGGCUGAAUAUCCGGGGACGGAGGGAGUAAAAACUGAACAGCCGAAAUUAAAAUGGCAUCAGAGAGUCGCUCUACAAAGACACAAAAAAUGGCGUUGGGCAAAGAAAAAGAAAAUUGAAAAUGAGGAAGAUGAUGAAGGGAAUGAAGAUGAAAUGGAUAAUGAAGAUGGUGAGAUGAAGAGGAAGAAGGAUGAAGAUGAGGAUGAAGGGGAAGAAGAAGAUACCAACAUGACAGAAGAGGAGAAAGAGGAUAUGUACAACGCCGUGAGAAAUGGAGACUAUCUUCUUUUUCAAGAUCUUCUGGAUAAAAAGAAUGCCGACAUUAACAUGGUGUGGUACUGGGAGAAUUUGCUGAUGGUGGCGAUGCGUGCGCAACAAUUCGUGAUGGCGGAAUUCCUUAUAGACAAUGGAAUUGACUACAACUAUGAAACGACACUGCUGGAUUUGAAAGAUCGUGAAAAGACAGGCAAGCGUUUCUUCCAGUACAAAUUGUCUUGUCGACAGAUGGCUUAUGAUUUAGGACUACUGAAUGUGGUAGAAAUGAUUGAUGUGAAAAACAACCAAAUUCACAAGUACUACAAACCAACACCGCGCAUUCCGCGCAUGCGCCGUCCACCUGCUCCCCCUCCUCCGUGUUUAAUGUACAGCGACGAAGAGGAAGACGACGAAGAGUUGCUGGCUGGAGGAGAUAGCGAUUUAUUAUCUAGUAAUUCACAAUUUGCGGACACCACCGAAUCCAAGGCGGAACCAGUCGAAUCCAAGACGGAAAUAUUCGAAUGCAAGACGGAAACUACAAACGACAAAAGUCCAGACAAAAAGGUUGAACUAACGGUAGAUAGGAUAGCUGAAUUGGAUAUGACAGAUGAUGGGCACGAGUCAUUAGCACCGUGCCCUAAAAGUGUUGUAGCGAACAGAUACGAAUUAGUCGAGGAACGACCUGGAUUGUUCCGACGAGGAACAAAGUCAUCCAUGGGAUUACAACAACAUAAUGACAUGAAAUACAAACGUCGAGUUCAAUCAAAAAGUGCGCACCCUAGAACGGGAAUCAACGUAGUGGGGAGUUACGCUUGGGAGAGUAAACGAUGGCGACCCAUCAAGAGUGCGUCCACAGAAAAGAAGUCAGAGGCUGGCGUUCCGUUCGUUGCAUUAAUGUCAUCAUCGUCUUUGGCACAAACAUCUUCUUUACCUCCGAGAAAAAACUUUUCUAUGCAGAGACCUCUGUCAUCUCCGGCCUCGUUUUCGGUAGAAAUUCAGAAUAUUUUGCGACAGAAUCGUCUGCUACGCACGUCAGACCCAGCUCUACCCUAUAUUAAGCCACCCAAUAAAGGCCUGAGGUCACAGUCUGCCAAAGCGGUAACUCCGUGGUGUCACAGUAAUUCUUCUGCUGUGUUCGAGCGACUAUCCAGCACAAAAAUAAACAACAGAAUUCGAAAUCCCCGGUUUUCUGUAUGUAGACAGAUAAGUAUGAGGAUAAAUCGCUGACCGUAUGACGUCAUCAGCAUGCAUUGCCUGAUAGCUCAGAAUCAGACCCAUGACUUUGCUUUCAGGACUGAGACAGAUUCAUUUUACAUAUUUUAUAAAACACUGCAUGUGACUGUCCAUGGAGUUUAUCACCGUACUCUUUAUUACGACAUGUGAUGUCUGCUUAAAAUUUUGUAAAAGUUCGUCAUAUAAUUAUGUAAUCAUAGCAUUUCCUGUAGUCCUGAAACAUUUCUUAUCGAAGACAUCUCCAUUUCUCUGGUGCUUAAACUUUGUAAGUCUGAAAUUCUUUAUUGAUAGUAUUGCAUGAAAAAGGGUGAAAAUGUAUGUAAUUGCUUUAGAGACGGAACCACGUGAUACUAUUGUAUUAAUCGUAAUCUGUAGGCAUUUUCAGUACAGCCCUGUAUUGUACUUAUACUAGAUAAACUUGUUGGAAUAAACAUUUACAUGUUA